AAGGAGAGGCUGAAAGCGGAGAAGGUGUGAAUGAGGUUGAUAUGUGGUUAACAGGAAUUCUGGGAGAAAUGAAGCAAGAUCAGAUUAUCAUCCAUGAUGAUCCACCCUCUGAGCCCCCAGUCCUCGCUGCAGAUCCACCAGCAUCCACACUGCAGGAGGCCUGGAGCCAGGAGGAUCUCAGCCUCCAGGCAGAACCCGCAAUGGUGUCCUCAGACAGCGAGGAGGACGAAGACCCGCCAGCCUCAGUGUCCUGCAGCAGGGCCGAGCAUUCAGAGGGAAACGCAGCUGAAGGCCCCAAGGAGGAGGAUGAGGAGGAGGGACAGGCGCUGGAGGAUGAGGAGGAGGAGGGACAGGCGCUGGAGGAUGAGGAGGAGGAGGGACAGGCGCUGGAGGAUGAGGAGGAGGAGGGACAGGCGCUGGAGGAUGGGGAGGAGGAGGGACAGGCGCUGGAGGAUGGGGAGGAGGAGGGACAGGCGCUGGAGGAAGAGGAGAUAGAUGAGCUAAAGGAUGGAGUCAUGGAGGGCGGAGAAGAACAGAUGGAGUCCUGUACGUCAGCCGAGCCUGACAGGAGGCUUCCUUUAGAUUUCUGUGUGCAACAGGAGAACCUCAGUGAGAACGUCUCCACAGAGCAUCUGGACUUUUUGGUUGCUCGCCAGCAGUGGAAGAAGAUGGAGGAGGAGGUGAAAGGCUUGCCCAUUCCUAAACCAGGCCUGGGAGCUAAGGGGAGUUUCCAGGGUACCCACUCUUCCCUGUAUCCUCCGACUCGCAGCCCUCGCCUCAGACACAGGGAACUCCACCCCCCCAUGCCCAAAGAACCUCCUCUGUCCUCCACCCUGUCCCCUGGUUCUGAGGACUCAGGCUUGGAUGACUCUUCGUUUCGCAGCCACGUGGAGGAGCAGGAAAGUGCUGUGGAGAGGGAGAUCCGGCUGACGCUGGAGCGAGAGGAGCAGCACCGGCGGGAGAGGGGGAUGAUUGUGCAGGGUCUGGCGGUACCCAGGUAUGAUAAAUGGACCCUGACGUUCCCGCAUGCUUUCAGAACCAGCUGACAUAUUUCUCUUUUUGCGA